AUAUUUUGGUCGGUCACACUAAGCAAAAACGCAACAAAAGGAAAAUCGAGCGAAAUUUUAAUUUUAAUUUAAUUUUUGGAAAGCAAGUGGCAGAUUUGUGUGCAAACUGCAUGUGGACCUGGGUAAAGCGUAAUGGAGGCAACAGCUGCUAAAACUACCGUCCCCCCCGUCAGCUCCAGCUCCAGCACAACAUCCAGCGAAAAAAUGAACUACGCACUGCAAGUGGCCCUGCAGACGAUCAAAGAGCGAUGCAUACAGCUGCAGCGGAGGGUGACCAGCAUGGAGGAGGAGAACCAGCGGCUGCGCGAGGCCAACGCCAAGGGCUCCAGUGGUGUCCAGCCGGGCAGUGGCGGCGGCGGCGACGACUCGCUAUCCCUGCGCACACAAGUGGCCGAGCUGCAGCGCCAGAAGGAGCAGCUUGAGGAGCACAUCGGCAUGGUCUCGAACGAGAAUCGCAGACUGUGGUCGCGUCUGUCACAAAUCUCCAAGGACCAGCAGCAACAGCAGCUGCUGCUGGCACAGGCCCCGGCAAAGGCCGAGGAUGCGUCACCCGACUCGCGUGCCAAUCAGAAUCUUAUUCGCUCCAAGACUUUCACACAGCACUCGCCAAAUCCGCACUUGCGCCAGAAGAUGAUCUCAGAUGGCCUGAGGGACAUCAGUCUCGAGGAGAUAGUCCUGGACGACUUCGGGGCCGGCGACACAGAGAUGGGCUAUCCCUACGGCCUGCCCGUGGAGGAAACGACGUCCAGUGAACCAGAUGCCAAUUUGGAUGCCAAACGUUGCAUGGAUGGGCUGCAGGACCUGCGACGGGAGGCCUUGAAGCAGCAGCAGGAGCUGAGCUCCGCCCUCACGCUGCUGGAGAGCCGCAUUGCACUGCAGCCCUGCCGGGAGUGCGCCCAAAAGGCAGCCAAGAAGCCAGAAAUGGCAGAUAAGAGCCUCGAAACCGAUGAGAGUCUCAACAACGAGCUCAAACUCUACCACAGCGAGCACAAUGACACGCUCAAUGGCUACAAUGGGCAUGCCUCCGCCCCACCGUCUAGGAUCAAUAUUAUCCAGGAAAAACUGAAGGCCGACGCUGCCGAUGCCAUGGAGAAGACCUGCCCCAUGUGCGGCAAGCUAUACUCCAGCCAGGUGUCGUUCAACGCGUUCCGCGAUCAUGUGGAGAUGCACUUCAUUGACGAUGCCUUAGAGAUGGAGAUCGACGGCAGUGUGGAGCGCCAAUUCGAGUUCGUUUCGCAUACGGUGGGCGACUUCUGACCCAACAAACGUAUCUAUUUCGCCACUGAACUCUGACCAAUAACCCAAUUCACCAUACCCAAAAUGAUAAUGAAACUAGUGUUACUAGUGUUAAAGCAAUAGGGUGCAUAGAACCGUGCUUCUCGCUUUCCUGUGGAGGCAUUGUUACGUUACGUUGCUUUGUUUAAGCAGAUAGAAUAUGAAAACAUUAAUCAAAAUCAGUUGCAUUAAUUGAAUGCUCCUUUUAUAUAUAUAAUGUAUUCUUAACUAUAGUACGUGUGUAUGUAUAUUUAAUUUUUAGUAAUAGAAUGCGAAAUACGGAUUAAAUGUAAUGCCUUAAAAUGCUAA